AGUCAGUGUCAAACAAUAUAACCUGAAAAUUUCAAAACAGCGGCACUAUUAUUUUACCUUUUAUUUAUUAAAUACAAAAUUAAUAUUCAAAUCAUGAGUCGCAAAGAAGCUCUUUCUUCUUUCAUCCAACAAAUUCACGGCCGGCCGGUCGUUGUAAAGCUAAACAGUGGUGUAGACUACAGAGGGGUGCUGGCAUGUCUGGACGGCUAUAUGAACAUUGCACUCGAACAAACAGAAGAGUAUGUGAAUGGCCAGCUCAAAAAUAAGUAUGGGGAUGCAUUCAUCCGGGGUAACAACGUGCUCUAUAUCAGCACACAGAAACGAAGGAUAUGAUGUGAUAAUAUUAGUUUGUAAUUGUAAGAUUAUUGUGUAAGGAAAUAAAUACUGCAUUUUUUCUA